UAUACAUUAUUUGUUCAGGUGAAAAUAAAAGAAUCAUGUAGUGAAAAAGUAAAUUUGAUGCUCGAUUGGUUGUCAUUCGUAGCAGUUGGUCCAAGUUGGUCCUAACCUCUUGAUAAUUGCAAUUAUAGUUAAUAGAUAUUCCACUAUAAUCAUGUUCGAUAGAAGAAGCAAGUACGCAUCCUCGGCUAGAGACAGAACGCCAUCGGUGAUGGGUGAUACUGCGAGAAGUCAUCGCGAAAAUUUCGUCUCUGAAUUCUUAAAGUACUCGGAGGAAUACAAUGUUCAGCCGUUACCUAGGUUUGCCAUCAGAAGCGACGUGGACGUUCGAAUUUCGAGUGCUUUGUCUCGGCUGACAAUGAGCGAAAAAACCUUGGACGACGGAUCUCCCAUCUUUUAUUUAACGUACGAAAAUAGAAAACAAGACGCGCCGAAAAAAAUCGAGAGCAAAGAUGAGUAUCACGGGAAACAAUUUUUAUUCUUUAUCGUGGUAAUAUGAUUGUUCCAAUUAAUUUUUCAUUCGUUGUCUCGUCACACGUCGUGAGGUAUCGAUCUGUAUUUUGGACGCAUUGAACUCGACGAUGAAGAAAUAUAGCACCAUCGCAGUUCUCAAAUUGCCAAAUUGUCGAAUAAACGCGUUUGGCAUAAUGCAGAUAGCAGAUAUGAUGACGAACAUCGGAUGUCUGAGAGAUUUGAAUUUGGACAUGAAUCCAAACACUCAGGAGAAUUUUCAUUUACUUUGCUCGCCACUCGGGAAUCUGUGGUACUUGUCUCUGAAGCUAUGUGAAAUAUCUGACGAUGGAAUGAUGAAGAUUACAAACGAAUUGAGGUAUCAGGAUCCACCGAACAAUCCUAAAUUAAUAAUUUUGAAUUUGGCGAACAAUCAUAUUACGAAAAAUGGAGCGGCUCGCAUUGGUUGCAUGCUUCGGUCAAAUAGAUCAUUAAAGAGUCUAGUCUUACUUGGAAAUCGAAUAUGCGACGAGGGAGCGUCGCUGAUAAUACGAGAGCUUAAAAUAAUUACAUUGACGCACGAAGAGAUCAUGGAUCUUCGUCGUAGGAAAUUCGCUCAAUUGGCGCUGCAGGAAAAACUAGAAAGCGAAGAAAUCAGCAAAACGAUAGACGAAGAACUAUCGACAAAGAGAAAUGGCAAAUCGAGAUCGCGACAGAGUCUAAACAAACGGUCUAGAAAAUCACGUGACUCUUUGAUUAAAACGCUAGAAGGAGGCAGUAUUUUGCAAGAUCUGGAAUCCAGAAAAGAAAUACUUCUGGUAAGCGAGUCGCAUCCUUUCAGAAAUGAGAGUUUUCCGAUCAACGAUUCGAUCAUGGCGACCGGAAACUUGGAACUUCAACACCUGGACUUGGGAUAUAACUAUCUGACGAUCGGUACUUUGAAGAAAUUGAUAGGGUGCUUGCGUUAUCAGAAUUAUAUGUUACUCGGAGACUCGACCAAAGGAAUUUUACACUGCUUUCUGGAGAAUGGAAAUAUCGAAAAGAAAGGUAACGAAGAUUGGUCCACGUAUGAGGAACUCUUGAGGAUGAGACAAGACGGAAACACGUUUGCAAAUGAUACUUUUCGUGAAUUCAUGUCAGAAGAGAUCGAAAUCCUACGUAAAAAUGUCAAGUUAAUAUGUUGAAUGAAUUUAGAAAGGAAAUU